AUGAAAUAUAACCAGGAUAAUAUAAUGUUAUUCAUUUGUUCCUUUUGUGUCUCGUUCCACUUAAUAGCCCUGUAAAAACUUUAUUUAGACCUAAUCCACAUAACUCAUUCAGUUUAGUAAAAAAAAUGGUUUGAGGCUUAUAAAUGCAACAGUCUCCUCUGAUUGCAUAGAACGGUGAAACAUCCUUGGUCGUGUUGAAGGGCCACAGUGCAACUGUUUGCUGUUUACUUCACUACAGCCACUCACGUAAUUACUACAUAUUCCAGCGACUCUUACGUAAACGUCAAGAGCGGCUCUGUGAUUGGCUGAGGAGAGUGUCAAUCAAAGCCCCUUCAUCCAAUAGACUCGUUACUCGCUCUCAAACUAUGGCGGCCAUGUUGUAUCCGCGGGGACUGGAGGCUGUUCGGAACCGAGUCUGUCUUCAGUCGGGAGUAUACGGUGGGGCUCUCGGGUUUGAACUCGUCUGGGUUUUACACCGUUAGAGAUCUACACUCCUCGCCAUGAGCCGUCCGUCCUCUGCGGGUGGUGCGGCCGGAGGACUCGGAGCUGGUAAAGCAGGAGGAAGUAAGCAUGGAGGCUCUGGAGGAACAACCGCCUCUGCUGCCGCAGCCGCCGCGGGGGUAUCCGGCUCUGUCGCGGGCUCUGGUACGGUCCCCGCGGCCGCUGUAGCCCUUCCAGUCGCUGCCCUACCGGGACAGUCAGCCGAAUUGACAGCGCUGUUUGAGUGCCCGGUGUGUUUCGACUACGUGCUGCCCCCGAUCUUGCAGUGCCAGGCUGGGCAUCUGGUGUGUAACCAGUGUCGGCAAAAGCUCAGCUGCUGUCCAACUUGUCGCGGCCCUCUCACGCCGAGCAUAAGGAACUUGGCAAUGGAAAAAGUUGCAUCUAAUCUGCCGUUUCCGUGUAAGUAUGUCUCAGCUGGAUGUCUGCUGUCCCUUCAUCACAGUGAGAAGCCGGAGCACGAAGAAGUGUGUGAGUUCCGCCCCUACACCUGCCCAUGCCCGGGGGCUUCCUGUAAAUGGCAGGGCUCCCUGGAGGCCGUCAUGCCACAUCUCAUGCAUGCCCACAAAUCCAUUACCACCUUACAGGGCGAGGACAUUGUCUUUCUGGCCACGGAUAUUAAUCUACCGGGGGCUGUGGACUGGGUCAUGAUGCAGUCAUGUUUUGGUCACCACUUCAUGCUGGUUCUAGAGAAGCAGGAGAAAUACGAGGGACACCAGCAGUUCUUUGCCAUCGUGCUGCUCAUUGGCACGCGAAAGCAAGCGGAGAACUUUGCCUACCGCCUCGAGUUGAACGGCAACCGUAGGCGGCUCACGUGGGAGGCCACGCCGCGCUCGAUCCAUGAUGGCGUAGCAGCAGCCAUCAUGAACAGUGACUGUCUUGUGUUUGAUACCUCUAUUGCCCACCUGUUUGCAGACAAUGGCAACCUGGGUAUCAACGUGACCAUCUCCAUGUGCUGAGGUGGCAGCGUAAGGCUUUAUCCAGUGACCCAAACCUUGGACAACCUCUGCUCCCUAUCAGACUGCAGGAUCUGAAGGCAAUGGUUGGGAGAUGUAUACAUUUGUGUAUAUUUCGGUUCAAGAGUCAUCCGCUAAAACAGCGCACACUUUCCAGAUUCACAAGUAGGUUAGUUUGCUAGGUUAGGAUGACAAGAGUCCUUCUCGAGAUGAAGCGGGGAUUUGCAGGUGUUAGCAACCCGUUGAAGGCAUUGGUGCAAUUGAGAAUUUCUUUUGCACACCGCAACUUUCUGAUUACGCCUUCAGUAGAAGUUCAGGUGUGGAUAAAUACCAUCACAGAAUCAAAAUGCUAACUUGGGAAGAGUCUAGGCAUGAAGGUGUAACAUUUGCCUCAGAAGCUUCUAAAACCUAUGUUGUACAAAACUGCACUACUUUUAGUCUAUGGAUAUUGCGUGAAACCAUGGAAAUUGUACAUGGCAAUGUAAAUGGUAAUCCUCUGAAUUUCAUGGUUGUAUAUUGGCUUGAUAAAACAAUGCCCAUGGUGGAAAUGCAGUGUGCAUGGUGGAAAUAAAAUUCACUUGCAAAAAUGAGUAUAUAGCCACCAUGUUUUUAAGGCAAGAAUCUGACCUCUUCACUAUGUUUUUUCUUUUAAUCUGUCGUCAAUGUUGCAAGACGUAAUGAGGACAAUACUUUGUUUAUUUUAUGGUCCUUAUCCAGAGUAGAGAACUGGUUUGUGAUCAACACAAAUAUAAGCUCAAUAAAAUGACAGAACUACAGCCAACCAUUUCAAAUUUUGUUACCCAUGAUCUAAUGCCACGAUUUUUUUUUAAAGGGAUAGUUGGCCUAUAAAUGAUAAAUCUGUUAUUUAAUUGCCCUUAUUUGCGGAGCACCAAAGGAGAAGUUAAGUAGAAUAUCUCCGCUGUUCUCUAGCAGAGGACAAAAAGCACCAUAUAGACCAUACAACCUGUGCUCUAUAUUUCAAGUCUUCUGAAGCCAUAUGAUAGCUUUGUUAAGAGGCAGACUGAAAUGUAAGGCUUUUUACUGAAAAUAUCUAAUUGUAUGAAAAAGAGCAGCUCACACAUUUUGCUAGAUGACUUCUAUACAGGUUUCAAUAACACAAGGUGAGGAAAUGACAAUUUCCAUUUGUUAAUGAACUAUUUAUUUUAUAUAGGUGUUCCACCUUUGCGUUUUAGCGUACUUUGUCUUGUCAACAGUGACUGUAUGUAAAAGAUUUAGCCUGUGCACAAACAACAACUGUUAUUUUCUCGUUGAUAAAGUGUCCGCAUUUAAUUGGUUUUGUUGUCUUUGUA